AUGGCAGGAAUGAAAAACCCCUUCAUUGGUGGUGAACUCGGCGAGUACAAACCCCUUCAUUCUUCUGUUAAUGCUAAACUUGAGGCUAUUUGUGAGAGUUUGGCUAAACAAGGGAAUGAAAAACAACAGGGGGAGUCUGGAAAGUCGAAGAAAACCCAGGGUGUUACUGUUACCUCAUCGUCUUCUUCAUCAUCUUGUUCUUCUUCUCUUGUUACGGCUGCCUCGUCUUCGAACGAUGAUCAGCCGCAGCAGCAGCAGAUGUCUGAUGUUGUUAAAGCCGAAUGCGCCUCCGAUAGCGAGGUGGGAUCCGGUGGAUCUUUGACGUUGUCGGAUUUGACGUUUGGUGACGCUGAUGAUAUUUUUGCGCUUUUGCACAUAAUAAUCUCUCACUUCCACUUUCCAACUCACAAUUUAGAAAAAGUUAAAAUGGUCAUCACAUCAUAUUCCCAAACGACAUGA